GGAGGGAGGAGGAGAGCGAAAGAGGGAGGGCAAGAAAGGAGCAUCUCAUUGCCUCUGAUGACUUUGUGUUGGCAACCAAGGGGUUAAGAAUAACAGUUGAAGGCUGCAAGCUUGUCAGGGUUGUACUAUUUUUCUAAGGCAUAAGAAGAAGGGAGGUUAGGAGAGAGGAGGCAGUGGGGAAAUCCAACAGAAGUCGAUCUGCAGAUAAGCCUUCUAGACUAUUGGUAUUGAUGGGCAUCCAGAAAAAGGACAGGUCAGCUGCAUGAAAAAAUAUCUCUCUCUUAGGAACUCGGAUGAAAAAGCAGUGUUUUACUUGCCUCCCCUGCCUUCAUUCUUGCAUCCUGGCUGUGAGUGAGGAAGGAGGGCAGCUGUCUUCUGUGGAGGAUUGGAAGCCAGGGAGUUUCUCCUGGGAAGGAGAAAGCCUUCGGUUGUUCUUAUGAACAACAAGAAUUAAAAACCGUGUCCUGAGAGAAGAGGGCGGGAUAGCAGCCUGUGGCUCUAAGGGCACUGAGCAUCCCCUCCCAGAAGUCUAACCAGAGGCAGGAGGACUGGUGAUGCAGCAUCCAGCGAAGGGCAGGGCAACCCCAGGAAUGGGGCUUGGGGGCUGAGAUCUUGAGAGCACAUGGGAUAUUCUUCAGGUGCUCAGAAGCAAAACAUCCCCAGUCAUGUCCUACAUGCCAAAUGAAGUCCAGUGCUUCUUUGAUGGGAACCCGGACGCAGCUGGCUGAGCAAUGCAUGGCAGAGCCCACGAUGCUCUGUUUUUUUUCCUGAAAAGAAGCUCAGUGGAGGCUACACUGCAGCGGACUCUGCAACAGCAAACAGCACCGAUGCCAAAUGCUGAAAGACUAUUUUCACGAACUCCCUGUUUUCAUGAACUACAUCAAAGCCCAUGUGCAUAACUUUCCAGUGGAUAUUAGAAUCUCAGUGAACAUCUCCCAGCCACCAGAUAGUCAUAAAAGUUUUGAUUAAAACUGCCUAAAUAUGACUGUUGCUACUGGAGAUCCCACAGAUGAAGCAGCAGCUUUGCCUGGUCAUCCUCAGGACACUUAUAACCCAGAAACUGAUCAUGAAUGUUGUGAGAGAGUGGUUAUUAAUAUCUCAGGCCUUCGGUUUGAAACACAACUUAAGACACUUGCUCAGUUCCCAGAGACCUUAUUGGGAGAUCCUAAAAAGAGAAUGAGAUAUUUUGAUCCUCUCCGGAAUGAAUAUUUCUUUGACCGAAACAGACCCAGCUUUGAUGCUAUUUUAUAUUACUACCAAUCAGGUGGCAGACUGAGAAGGCCCGUUAAUGUACCCUUGGACAUCUUCUCAGAAGAAAUAAGGUUUUAUGAACUUGGUGAAGAAGCUAUGGAGAUGUUUCGGGAGGAUGAAGGUUACAUCAAGGAAGAAGAAAGGCCUUUACCGGAAAAUGAAUUUCAGAGACAAGUAUGGCUUCUCUUUGAAUACCCAGAAAGUUCUGGACCAGCCAGGAUUAUAGCAAUUGUCUCAGUCAUGGUCAUCCUAAUCUCUAUAGUAAGUUUCUGUUUAGAAACUUUGCCUGUGUUCCGUGAUGACACUGAAGACUUGCUUGGUAGCAGUAGCAACCCCAGUUCCAACAGCACAAAGGGGUCUCAACAGCAAACAUCUUUCACAGACCCCUUCUUUAUAGUAGAAACACUCUGCAUAAUUUGGUUCUCCUUUGAAUUCCUGGUGAGAUUCUUUGCCUGCCCUAGCAAAGCUGGGUUUUUUACCAAUAUCAUGAACAUCAUUGAUAUUGUUGCUAUUAUUCCGUACUUCAUCACACUUGGCACAGAGCUGGCUGAGAAACCAGAAGACGGCCAACAAGGUCAACAGGCUAUGUCUCUUGCUAUCCUUCGAGUCAUCCGCUUGGUGAGGGUGUUCAGGAUCUUCAAACUUUCCAGACACUCCAAGGGAUUGCAAAUCCUGGGACAGACUCUUAAGGCCAGCAUGAGGGAGCUAGGCCUCUUGAUAUUUUUCCUCUUCAUUGGUGUCAUCCUGUUCUCCAGCGCUGUCUAUUUUGCAGAGGCUGAUGAGGGUGACUCUCAGUUCCCAAGCAUCCCCGAUGCUUUUUGGUGGGCUGUGGUUUCCAUGACGACAGUUGGCUAUGGAGACAUGGUCCCCACGACCAUAGGUGGAAAAAUAGUUGGCUCCUUGUGUGCCAUUGCAGGUGUACUAACAAUUGCCUUACCAGUGCCGGUUAUAGUGUCCAAUUUCAACUACUUCUAUCACCGUGAGACAGAAGGAGAGGAGCAAGCUCAAUACUUGCAAGUAACCAGCUGCCCAAAGAUCCCUUCUUCCCCUGACCUAAAGAAAAGCAGAAGUGCCUCCACUAUUAGUAAGUCUGAUUAUAUGGAGAUACAAGAAGGUGUGAAUAAUAGCAAUGAGGACUUUAGAGAGGAGAACUUGAAAACAGCCAAUUGCACCCUAGCUAACACAAACUAUGUUAAUAUAACUAAAAUGUUAACUGAUGUCUAGCUAAUAAAAAGGAGAGAACCCUAAUAAUAUACUUAAAAUUCAAGUGGAACAUUUGCAGAUGUUGCAUAAUACCUUGCACUGUAGUUAAUACAAUAUGUUCUGCAACAUGUAUUGGUUCUGCAUGGAAAGCAAUAGUUGUGUAAGUGACUCUUUUUAACACUGAAUGCUGAAUAAGCUUUCAUGCAAUUUUUUUUUCUAAUACAGUUUUCUGGGUUUCCAAAUAUAUCAAAAAUUUAAGGCAAAACUAUGUCACAAUAUCAGAUGAAUGGCAUUGAAGAAAAACAAAACCCACAAUCUCUUCAUGUCACCAACAGUUAUUCACAGAUGCCAAUUAGAUAAACAUAAUUUAAAAUAUAGAACUCAAUCCAUGCAAAAGAAUAUUUAUUCCAAGGAAAUAGUAUGCAACUAUAUAGCUUUCAAGCUUCAGAAAUUAUACAAAAGGUCAUGCAUGGUUUAAUUAAAGGAAAUAUUUCUCCAAAUUACUUUUUAAAGUUCAGGUUUUCCAGAUCAGAAAUGCCAGUGAGAGACUGUACCAUGCAGGUUAUGCUUCUGAACCAAAAAUGCUGCAUUGGAUACAUCUACUGCAGCAUGUCACAGUGUGAGGAUUGCAGGAGGCACUGUUUGGUAGAAAAAUUUUGUUGUUGUUGUUUCUUUAGUCGAGACUCACCAGGAUCCUGGAGACAUUUCUUUUUAAAAAGCAUACAUUUUUGUUGGGGUUUUUUUUGGAGGGGGUGUCACCUACAUAUGCAGAACUGAAAAGCAUUUUGUUUCAAAUGCUGGAGCAAAUAAGCUGUGGCCUAGAAUAUAUUUAUUCUGCAGAGACAUUUAACCAGUAUUACAGUACAGCUGCAUGGAUAUUUGUUGCAUGGAUCUUAAUAUUUAUUACAUAAAAUAUAUCUAUUUUCUUAAGUAGACUAUAGAGUAUACUUGUUUAUAGUGAUUCUAGAUUGUCCAGUGGCUUGAAGGAAAUUCAUGGACAUCAAAAAAAAAAAAGAAAAGAAAAACUAAAGCAAUUGAGUUGGGGAAGGAUGUAUGCUGACCAGUAAUGUGAUAUGCAAGAAAAAUGCCCAAAAUGUUUGUUUGCUUGAGUAGGCAAACCAGCUAAGGUAAUAUGAAUCAUAUACGUCAUAUAUAUAUAUCGAGAACCCGGUAAUGGAUUCAUUGUGAUGUCAUAUAUAGAGACAUGGCUGACCAGAAAUGGGGAAAAAAUAUUUGUAAUGAAAGGAUCUCUGGUGACAGUGUCAAACAAAUGUUAACUAAACAUUUGAUAUCUAAAUAUAAAAGAUUGGAGCACACAGAGAUUGCUUGAAGUAUUUAACUGUGCAGAACCUUGAGAUUCAAAAGUAAGAUGCAAAGGUACAGCAUACCUUCCUCUCAAUCUGCAUCAAAUCUGGUAUUUAGUCUGAAAUGCAUUUUCAUAAGAGGAUGGGUUUAUGCAAUAAAGCCAGCCCAAGGCCAUUCAUUUGGAUACAGAAUAGCUUUCCUUUGAAAAUGUCCUAAUAGAGCUGCACCACAUGGCUAUAGCAGAGGAAGAGUUGACCAUAUCUUAAUAUGUGCCAAUGUGCAGCUUGAAAGUUGAUGUUUCCUUUGGAAUGUUCUCAUGCAAUGGAUUCACUGUUCUCAAGAUUAGAGUAAAAACGGUCCAUAUUUGGCUCUUAGAAUCUUUGGAAAAAACACCCAAGUAUAACGUGAUAAGAGAACUUUGGCCAACUUCACACCUCAAGCUGGAUUAACUGCUUUCCAUUAAGGAGGCAACGGCUUCUUCUACAUGGACUUCUCUUCAAAGGUUGGCAUCUUGGAUUUGUACCCUGUUGAUGCUGCAGUUGCAACCCUCAAGGGGCUGGAUAGUUCUUCAAUAAAAGGCAAUUCUGCGAUCAACAUUCCAGGGAAGAUACAUUUGCAACAAAUAACAAUAAUGAGAUAAUGAUGCCUGUGAGCAAAUCCUCUGCUCAUCACUUGCAAAUCCUAUACUGCCUUGUGUGAUUUGGCCCUGAGGUUGUUUGAAGACUCAUGACAGCCCCAAAUUCUGAGCUGCUAAACUUUUACCUAUGUAAUAUGCAUUCACAUAUCUUUGAUGCUGGUUUAGACCUUUAGAAAAUGUUGUUCAGUUGUUACAGCAACUGAAAUUCCCAACAAGAAAAGGCAGUUAGAUCCUGUAAGUGAUUUGGGGUUUACUUUACUGAUCCUAUUCCUGCAUUGACAUGAAUGAAUGCAGUAAGAACUAAAUCACAUAUUGAAAAUAUGAACUGAGUGCUCUGUAAAGAAUUUGGCACAUGAUAAAGAGGUUGUAUAGGUGUUUAUGCCAGAAAACCAACUUGCUAGCAGCCCACUCAGUUCACAUUUACCUAUUGUGCUACAACUCAGCUCAUGUUCUACAAUUUUGCAUGGGGAAUAUAGAUUCAUCUGCAAACUGGAUAUGUGCCAAAAUAGUCAUCCUGAUUGCUUAUAUGUGUGUUAAACUCUGUACAAAUCCAUGCAACCUGCAUAAUCAACAAGCCACUUGGUUGAUUCUGAGUGAUAUCUGUUUUAUGCCAAGAGGGAAAUAUAUCAGAACAAUCUGAUUUUAAACAGAUUUUAAGAAAUAUAUAAAAUAGGUUUUACUGUUCCAGGAAAGACUUUGUUCAGCCUGUAGGAAAGCUAACAUUGAAUAUAGCUGAAUCUCUCUAUGGCUAAGUAUUGUUUAAAUAACAAUUGUUAAAAUGUUGUUUACAACAGUAACAAAAAUUUUUCCAGAAAAAAUCUGGACAAAACUCAAAUUUCUUGGUCUUUUUCCUACUUCUACUCCAGCCAAAGAAAGGUUAUUCCAUUUCAUUUGGUCACGAAGACUGGAAGAAAUAACUGAAUAAUAUAAGAAGCCUUACUAACUAUAAAAAGAUCAGCAGCGGUGGUAUUUAUCAGGUAGUUUUGGUUUCUCCUUUAUAUUAAUGGUAAUAACGUGGACCAUUAUUACAGGAUAGUGACGAAUACCUUUGCAUCACAUCUCUAAGAACCUCUGUGCUAAAUAUGCCAGGAAUUAAAAAAGCUAAGUUUGGAAUAUCCUUCAUUGCAGUGAGGAGGAAUAGAGUAAUCCUUCCUGUUGCCUCAAGCUACUGUCAAAAAUAUUCUGUCUUUUCCACUGCGCCCCCCCCCCGCCCCUAAUAAGGGAAGAAAUAUACUUGGUUAAAGAUUCAAGCUGGUCUGCCCUCUAUAAUUCAGCAAAUCAGUUUGUGCAAAAGUGUAGGGGAAAAGAUUAAUAUCAGGAAUUCUCACUUGGUUUAGUUCACAUGUCAAUAUGGAGCAGAGAUCCUCGGGUUCCAGAGAACAAGAAGAGGUCAUCUUUAUAACAGAAAUAUGAGAAGGAAGUCCAGUUCCACAGAAAGAAAAAUCCUUACAAUCCUUAUUCCGAUGCUAUAUUAGAUAAACUCUUAUUUCACUGAAAUUCCCAUUUUACUGAAAUUCAUUUGUUUCAGCAUUUGAUUUUGUACAUUAUUCAGUCUAUUUUCAGGACUUUCCUUUUCUUCUGUCUGGAAUGAAAAAAAUGCUUUUUAAUUCUUCCAAAUAAUAUUGAUUGUUUUACUAUUGCAAUUGCACAUCUGCUAGAAGGAGAAUUUCAAAUAUCACUGCCCUGAGUCCUUCGGGAGAAGGGCGGUAUACAAAUUUAAAUAAUAAAUAAAUAAAUAAAUAAAUAAAUAAAAUAUAGUGGACUCUGGUGGAGUCCAGAGUCCUCUGGCUACCUUGAAUGGGCACCCCAGUCUGACUGCUUACAAAAGAAUUUAGUGGCAUCAAAAGUUAAGAGGCACCAUGGUGCAAAUUUGCCCCCCCCCCCCAAAAAAAAAUUCAUAUCAGUUCAUGUUAAAAACAGUAGUUGGGAUAGUUAGUUGUCCUGAUUAUUCCAUCUCAUUUAACUAUUCUUUACUAUGCAUCUGGAUAAACUCUUUAUUUGUAUAGCAGUCAACUUGAGGUUUCAAUAUAGUGACUUUACAAAAGUUUCCAUAGGUUGGCCAACUAAUUACUAAUAUAUCUGUUUAUACCUGUGUGCUGAAGUGUUUUUCGGUAGCAAUUUCUCUAGUUAUUUAUUUAAGAUUAAAGGAUUCCAGAUGUUUUUAGUGCAGUGAGAAUGAGAACAGAAGAUACCCAGAUGAAUUGCAGUCAGCAAAACAUUCUGUGGUGUCCAAGGUCAGAUUAACUCUUAACGAUGAUUAUUUUGACCUCUGUAUUGCAUCCCAGAUGUAAUGAAAAUAACUUGAAGUUUACCAUAGCAGCAGGAUGCCAUUGGGUCUUACUCAACAACACUGAAAGAGCUUUAUCUUCUUGGAGGUUGAGGCACAGAGCUGCAACCAUAGACACAGGAGGGGGAAGGAGCAUAAGAUACUACAAGAUGGUUCAGAUGACUAAUGGAACAAGGAUGAUGUAAUCUGCAGUUUUAAAAUGAAACUUCCUCUCAUUGUAAUGAAGUGGCCAAAAUACAGAUUAAGGUGGAGUAAGAUUAAGGUAUCUUUGGGCAGGUGGAGAAUUUCAUGCCAAGAAUUUACAUUAUAUUUACAUUUCCCUAGAUCAAACUCAAUUCCUGGUGCCCAUGGGCCUAUCUAUGUUGUUGUCCUGGCAACAAUACAGAUGUUUUCCUAAUUUCCCAUCCAGUUUACUUUUCUGUAUUUUUUGGCAUUUUCUUAUCCAAGCACUAACUUUGCUUAGUUUUUUCAGAUUCGGCCAAGAUCAGUCUAGAUAGAACAAUACAUUGAGAGUUUAGCAUUUGAUAAGCAAUAGCUUCAAAUGCACUUGGAAGACUGUUGCAUCACUCUGUCUGAAUCUUUUAGAAAAGCACUGGCUAUUACGGGACGGCUACCUAACUUGUUCCAAAGAGCAAGAAACCAUACGAAUAGCUCUACAUGGAUGAUAACAGCUUGGAAUGUCUUCAUAGGAAUCUCACACAGGUGAUAUAAACAUGUAUGAGAAUCCUAUUUUCUAAUUUGUAUUAGAGUCAACAUGUGGAAUAUUCCCCUAAUCUGCACUAUUCUCUACAUUGAUUAGGUUUCUAUAAAAAUGACAAUUGAGACAGGAAUAGAUAGGAGGAAAGGAAAAUGAAUUAGACUGGAAAGGAAGAAAAAGUAGGGGGAAAAAUAAUUCUUGUAAAUUGAAGUUAAGUUCAUCAGCCUUGUUCAUCAGCCCUCCCAAGUAAACCAGACAGGAGACGUGACUAGAUUAACUAAUUUUACUUUAUUGUAAGGCUACAUUAACAGGAAAUUGCAACUCUGAUUUUGCACCACCACUCUUAACUGCUUGAUCCAUUUGGGCGGGUCCUUCCUAACUUUCUUUCUCUGAUCAUUAAGCCACUGGGGGCUCCUGCCUCUCAUGUCUGAUUGUUUCCUAGGCAGCAUCUCUUCUCUCUUUCCCCCAGUCAUCCAUAUGUUCCAUUACAUAGAUAUAGCGUGAACCAUGAAAUAACUUAUUUCUGUAUAUCUUGAAAAAGACCUUGCAUACUCUUGCAAUGUCCAAAUCCCAUGUGGCUGAAUGUACAAUAGAAGAUAACCUUCUUGUAAUUCACACACUUGGUAGCUGAGUACUCAUCUUCAGAAAUGGCCCCAUUUCUAAAUCCUACUAAAACUUGAGUCAUAUCAAGUACAAUAACAAAUUUGUUGCAGUUGGCAUCUGAAUCCCCAGUAUUUUAUUAUUAUUUUUAUCUCAUCCAGUGAACAUGAAGAUAUGAAUAAUGUUUGUUCCUUAAAACCAUUUUUCUGUAUGCAUCAGAAUAAAGCAAGAAGAAGUGGAAGCUAACAAAAUAUUGCAGGAUAACAAAAUUUCACUCCUAUUCAUUACAUCAUUCAGCCAACCAUACCCUCAUUGUAGAUACUCUAUAUCAUUCUCUCUCUUAUUCACUUUUUCAUCUAUUGUCAGCAAUUGUUUCCUAAAUAAAUUUCAGGUCUCUCUAAAUAUGCCAACUUGGGUAAAGUGUAAAACUCAUCAGAGUAUGUUUCUUAAGUGGUUACUAACCAAUCAUUAUAUUUGCUACUCCAUUCUCUCUACAAAGCAAAUCAGCCCAAACAAUGAAAGUGCAUUCUUUGACCAUCUCUUAAUUUUGGGGUUAAUGGAUAAAUUAUACACAGGAGAGCCAUAUUUUAUAGGGGCCAGGAAUAAAAAAAAGGGAGAUUUCUUUGUUUCUGCCCUUAGAAAACCAUCCAAAAUGUGUACAACUAAUUUUUGGUAUUAGUUCCUACCAACAUGGAUAACUAUGUUAUAGUGUUCUUUGACUCGGUACUCUUCAGCCAUAUUCGAUAAUAAUGGCUAUCAUUAUCACUGGCUUUUUUUAUGCUGACUGGGGAUGAUGAGAACUGUAGACCACUCAAAAAUUAUUAGACUAGGGAAGGAUGCUCUAUAGAGCUAGAUUGAUGGCCACCAUAACAGCUGAAUGUCCAGUUCGGUACCCAUUUUUGUUGCAGAUAUAAAAGGCACCUAUAUUUAUCUAGUGAAAUAAAAUUAAAUAAACAAUCACAGGAGUCUUCCAAAAAUGUAACAUAUAUCUAAAUGGUAAACAUAUAUCAUUUUAGAACGGGACCUCCUAUUUUUAAUACACUACAUUUCCAUUUCUUACUCGUUUGAUGUCAGAUAUUAUCCCUAAGUAAUGAAUUCCAAGUCUAUACUAUAAUUUACCCAGGUUCAAAAUGUAGUAUUUUAAACAUGGAAAAAGUGCAAUUCUGUAACUUCAUAAUGCAUUUGGCAUAAUUGUAAGUUUCAGAAAAAUUAUAUAUAAGCACAAAAUCCAAGAACACUGGAUUUUGCUUAGGCAGUGAGUCUUGAUGAAUAAUCUUGGAUAUGUUACUGUUGUAUUUUAAUUGUGUUUUCUGAACUGUGGCAGAAAAACUAAAAAGCAAUCAGGCCACAUAGUGUUUAGCAGGAUAAUCCUUUAACAGCAUCUUAUUAAACAUUAACAUUAGCAAAUAUAGUAAUGCACCUAAAGUUUCAGAUUUUAGAUUGGCAAAGCCAAAACAAAAACCUCUUAAUAUAUAAGCACAAGAUGUCCAAAUCUCUUAAAAUUAUUUUUAAGAGGGAGGGGAAAUGAUUUUUAAAAGGGAGGGGAAAAGAGAAUAAAGGAUUUAUACUAAGGGCAGGUUCAUGAUCAACUGAUCAACUUCUACAAACUCUUAGCAGCUAUUAGAAAAUGUAUAUAGAUAUACACAUAUAUAUAUUUCUGCAGCUGCCUUCUGCAUUGUUUCCUGUAAUUUUUGUAACACUGUGCUAUACCUAAAAUGGUGAUAAGUGCAUGCAGCAUGAGGACAUGUACUUAUGGGCAUUUUUAUGCAUCAAUCCAGAGGGAAAAAACUGAAAGAUGGCAGGAAUUGUCUUAAGAAAGUCAUGCUUUGUACUUAAAUCAUUAAUAGGUCAUAAUGAUUUACUGAAUUUACUACUCAAAUGUCCCAGCCUUUCUAAAGUUUGCAAUACACUAGAGAAGGGUCCAAUUUGCAAAACAGAUCCAGCUAACUUGUAUAAAGUUCAAUAUAUUGAAAUAUGAGUUUCUUAUUUUCCAACACUGGAGAAAUGUAUAAAGCUGAGCUCUGGUCUCUAUUUUGUCAAAAAAGGGUAAUCCAAUCCCCCUUGGGUUUUUUGUGAACUCUGAUCUGGAUCUGAAGUUUGCAGAUUGGGUCCCAUCACUAGUCUUCAUGUUACUAUGCAGUGAUUAUGAACUAAGGCAUUUAUUUGUUUGUAAACCACCUCUGACAUUUAAAUAGCUUUCCAAUUUAACAGCUCCUUAGUUCUCUUCCAUGCCAGCUAUGAGCAUAGUCAAAAAAUUACCCUUCAAUAGGAAGAUUAAUUUCAUUUGAUCCAUCAAUAGAACGGAUGCAUUGUUAUCGAAAGCACAUGUUUUUGGUUUGAAGACCAGAAACAAGGAGGAGGCAACAGAGAGAGACCUAAAAGGAUAUGGAGAUUUCUCAAGGUGAUCAAAUCUGGGGUGCAAAAAUUUGGAGGACCACUGUCCCAACAAAAGAGAGUUACAGUUUUCUGAUUCUCUUUGCUGUCAUCUAGUGGUCUACCAGAUUGUGCAGUUUACAUCUGGCAGUCUUACCAAAAACAUGACACUUUGGUGCCUCCUCUGUGGAACUAAAUUCAUUGUGGCAUAAGCAUUCUUGGAUGAAAGCCACUUCUUUGUAUGCAUAUUUUAAAGUGGGCACUAGCUCAAAGAAAGCACAUGCCACAACGCAGGGCUGGUUUUGAAAAUGCAAUAAUUUUUUUUUUCCUUAUCCUCUCCUUCAACUUGCUACCGUGUUUGUUAUGUUUUAAAAUUAUUUAAAAUUAUUUUAGAGUGAAAUCUUUUUAAGCACAAAAUACAAGCAGCCGUUUGUGUCUGAUUUUAGGGUCCUCAAAGAUUUUUGCAAAGCACACAUCCAGAUGCUCAGGUGCCCUUUUAUUCAAAAGUUCUGAACACCAGCCCACUCUGCAGAGCUCUCUGUCCAUUUGGUCAGAAUCUGCUUAAUGCUUUCUCAGUGGAUUGUAAUGCUUCAGCCUAAGCUAAAUUUACUGUGUACAUCUUCCUUCCCUCACCAUUGCUGAAAAGAUGGGGUAGGUCUUCUAAUGCCUCUCCACUGUUUUAUUUUCAUCUCUGUAAUGAACUUCUUAUCCACUAAUGCAAUGUUUCCCAACCUUGACAACUUUAAGAUGGGUGAACUUCAAUUCCCAGAAUUCCCCAGCCAGCAUGUUGCCUAGAGAAUUCUGGGAAUUGAAAUUCACCCAUCUUAAAGUUGCCAAGUUUCAGAAACAGCUCAUUAGAGCCUAAUAAUUAAUUUCUUGCUAUUUCAUUUUAGGGCUACCAUUUAUCGGCUGCAAAAAUCAGGAUGAUGACUAGAUAGAGCAAAAGGACACAGAAAAUUCUUUUUGUUGACAUUUGUUGGUAGUCUAGAUUUUUGCACCAAAAUACAAUAGCAUUAUUUUAUUCUAUUCUGAUGUCACAGCUGAAUUUCAAUAUAGCCAGCUUUCUUAAAAACCAACUUUUCCAUUUGCUCUUCCUAAAUUUAUUACUGUGCGUUAGCUUGCAGAUUCCAAUAUAAAUUAAAGAAUAAGAUUUGGUUUGGUUUCAGAAUAUCUGUGUUAAUUUACUCCAUCCGACAAUUCAGCCUAUUAAAAUUUUUAAGGUGACAAGAGACAAAUGAAUUCCUUAGCUCCUAUUUAUCUUUUCGGGUAUAUUUUGGCUGCUAUGAGAUGUCUAAUGUACUAUUAAGAAUUUAAUUCCAAAAACUAUGUGUACAUGUAAAUAUGUAACAAAAUUGUGUGUAUUCUAAUUCUUUCAAGAUUUGUAAGACUGUUUUUCUACCGAGUGCAAGGAAUGUUAUUAGCCAAGUGCAGCUGCUUCCCUUUUAUCUAAGGUACUGCAGAUGUCCUACAAACUCAUAUUACUAAUUAUUGCUUGAAAUGUGAAAAAGAAGGACAAUGGUUCAAAUAAGUAUGUGUUUGCCUUAUUUAAGAGAAUCAAUAAGAAAAAGGAAACCCAAGAAGAACUCAUAAUAAAGAUGCCUUGGAACUGAAUCUUUUGUUUCCAUGGUUACUGGAAGAAUGGGACCAAUAAUGGUGAGAGGAUGCUAAAGAAAGAAAACUCAGGGGAAUGUUGAAUCAUUUAACCAUGUGUUUGCUUGAUGAAAAUGCAGACAUCAGCCACAUUUAAACUGCACAAUGUAUAUAGAACUUAUUGUUAAUGAAGAGAGAGGAAAUAUUCUCUGCCACCAAGAUGGUUUAUUUGUACACAGUCCUAGGGUUUUGUGUGUGCGUGCAUGUGUUUCCUAUAUGGACAUUUGCUGUUUGGUUGAUCAUGUGUGUACAAAAUAUAUUCCUGACAGAAUAUCACCAAUUUUGGAAAUGUCAACCAUCCCAGUUAAAAAUAAAUAUUUAUGUUACAAAGAAUUCAUUUUGUAGAAAGAGGACGAGAAAGAAGAGAGAAUACAGUGACAGAAUUAUAGUCAGAUUAAGAUUUUUUGAAAAAGAAAAUUUCUUCGUCACAAGUCUUCAUACAUUUAUUCCAUUGUAUUUUGACUUUUCCAAUAUAUUUCUGCUGCUGUUUGUUGCUAUUGAUAAUUAUCUGAUAAUAUAAUUUGUAACCCAUCAAAUCAGUGGCUUGCAAAUUCCUAGAGGAUGUCAUGUUAGGGAUAUAGGAUUAUUCCUAUAUCCCUAACAUGACAUGGGUAUUCCUUUUUUGGCACCUAGAUCAGUACAAUUGGUGUACCUAAGUCACUAUUACCUUGUGUACAAUAUAAUGUAUGAAAGACACCAGAGAAUGGCGAUUGAAAUCCCUUAAAUAUUUCAGUCUUUCUCAUCUUGGCACUCUCCACAACUUUCAUAAUCCUGAGUCAGAGUAAUCAUAGGCUAUGCAGAGUGGGGAAUGAUUGAAGACAUAUUCACAUAGGUGACUUAAUUCCUUCUAACUGGCGAUUUAUACAGUAUAACUUGUUUGAGAGCCAGUUAAGCUGCUGGUUUAGAAACCAGGAAACUGGGGUUCUUGACCUCCCUUAGCUAUGAAAGCUGGCUGGGUGAGUCUGGGCUCAUUGUCUCUCACAAUCCAAUCUACCUCACAGGAUCAUUGUUGUGGGGAAAAUAAGGCAAAACUAUUAAGUAUAUUUGAGUUCACAUACAGGAGUACACACAUACAUGCACACACACACACACACAUGAUAAAAAUUAUAAUAAUUCAACAACCGUUUCCUGAAUGUAUAUAAAAAAUUAAAACAUAAUGUUGUGCUGAUAUGUGUCUUGCUAUUUCUCAGACAUUCUUUCCUUCUGAGAAAUAGGUUCUUGUUUUUCUACCUUAUAGGUAGUCCUCGACUUAUGAACACAAUUCAGCCCAGAAUUUACGUUGCUAAGUGAAAAAUUUGUUAAGUGAGUUUUGCCCCAUUUUACGACUUUUCUUGCCACAUUUGUUAAGUGAAUCACUGCAGUUGUUAAAUUAGUAACAUGGUUGUUAAGUGAAUCUGGCUUCCCCAUUGACUUGGUUUGUCAGAAGGUUGCAAAAGAUAAUCACAUGACCCGGGGACACUGGUCAUAAAUAUGAACCAGUUGUCAAGCAUCCAAAUGUAAAUCACAUAACCAUAAGGAUGCUGCAACAGUCAUAAGUGUGAAAAAUGGUCAUAAGUUAUUUUUUCAGUGCCUUUGUAACUCGAAUGGUCACUAAAUAAACUAUUGUAAGUCAAG